AUGGGCCCCAAACCUCGUGAGGCCCCCGGGAUGGCGUGCAGCGCGUGUUACUACCUGGUUAUCAGCUCCACGCACCUAAACAAUGGACACUUUCGGCGCGUCAAGGGGGUCUUCAGGGGACCUCUGUGUCCAACCGCAGCCAGCGACUCCCCGGAAUGCGCGGAGAGGGCUUUGGGCUGCUCAGUGGAGGAUCUGAAGGCUCUUUUCUACUGUGAGCUGUGUGACAAGCAGUACCUCAGACACCAGGAGUUUGACAACCACAUCAACUCCUACGACCACGCACACAAGCAGAGGCUGAAGGAGCUCAAGCACAGGGAGUUUGCUCGCAACGUGGCCUCCAAGUCGUGGAAGGACCAGCGCAAACAGGAGAAGGCUCUCCGGCGCCUGCACCAGCUCGCGCAGCUGCAGCAGGAAGCUCAGCGAGUCCCCAGAAGGGCAUAUGGAUUACGACGUGCAGCCAGAGCUGUAAGCCAGCAGCGAGAUAAAACUGUGGACCGAAGAGAACACAGCCCCGAAGACAAACCUGAACCCUCCAGCCACCCCCAGCGACCCCCCGCCGCGCAACCCAGGACGACUCCUCUCAACCGCCAGUCAGAAGAUCAAUGCCAAUCUCUUUCCCAAAUACCGCUAGCCACUGCUGCAGCAGAGUCCCCACUAAUCACUCCGACAUCCGAUACAGACCCUCCUGCAGCGAACCCCCAGUCCCUCCGCAGCUUGUAUCCCCAGCUGCCUCUCCCUGCUCAGGGCCGAGUGGGAGGAAGGCUCGGCGUGUCCUUCUGCAUCUCACGCCGGGGGCCUCGGCUGGAGCCUUCCGCCUCUGUCUUCUCGGACCUGGAAGAAGAGGAGAGGGAGAAGAGGGAACAAAUGAAGGAGAGGAUAAAGGGAAUAAUGGAGGAUAUCGACAGGGAAAUAGGGGAAGCGGAUGAGAGGAAACACUGUGAGAGUGAAAAGGAUAAGUCCGGCUCUGACAGUGUCUUACCGAGCAACUCGCCUCCAAUCCCCGGAGAGAUCGCGGGAGAAGAGGAAGAGAUCGAAAAAAGAGACGCUGUGCAAGAACACUUUGCUGUUUCUGCAGCAGCACCUGAUAAUCAGAGGCAUGAUUCACUAUUCUCGCCACCAGAGACACAGGUGACCGUAUGGGACGCAGCACUAGCAGUGGCACACGUGGACGCCAAACACACCGACAGCGAGGCAGAGAGGAAGCAAGAAGCAGAGCAGGAGAUGGAUUCACGGCGGUACGUGUGUGUGCAGGGAAGGGACGGCUCUACCCGGCUGAGAUGGCCUGUCAGUUUGCUUAAGUUCACCAAGACUCAACCGCACAUCUCCUACAGCUGCAACCCGCUCUGCUCGCACCUCCAGCAAGCAGAAAAACUUGAUCUGCGGGAGUCACAACAAAAUCAGCUGUGUGCUCUUUCAGACGAAUCAAACCCAGCUAUUCCUACACCAGACGCCUGUUUGCAAAGACAGACAAGACACGAGCCGAGAGCACACAGACAGAAAAAAGCUGAAGAGAUUUUCAAGGAAGAGCAACGUAUCGAUGUGGAGACAGAAGCACACCUGUUCCUCAAGAACAAAAAACUUUCAUCAUCAGACGCAGGCCCAGAGAGAGGGGGAUGCAUGCUAAGUAUGGAGAACUGUGCGAGGGCAGCCUCCCAUCCAUUUGACCCCACUCAUAGUGACAGCUCUGACACAAACUCCCAGAAUCCUCUGGGAGGCAGAUUAGAGGGUGCGAGAGGGAUCAGGGAGAGAGCCAUCACAGCCCUGAGCUGUAAAUUAGAGUCUGUCACCCAGGCUGGCACACAGGGGAUGUGCAUCAGCCCGUCCAGGUGUGAGUGUGGGAGUGAGACAAUGUGCAAGUGUGCCGGCGCUCUGCAGCCGAACGUGGGUGUCUCAGAAGUGUCACGCAAAAAGAAGAAAGCCAGCGCAAAGAAACACAAGCUGGGAAAGAGGAAGAGGGGUGAGAGGGAAAAGGCUUCAAACAAGCGCCAAUCAGCGAGGUGCAAAGUGAGGAGCGUCGUCUCCACGGUCUCCACUGGAGGAGAGACGAGAGGAGAAGCUGGAGGGAGGUGGGGGAAGAAAAGGAGGCAAAGAGAGGAGAGGAUGAGGAGGGUGGGGAGAGCAGGGAGCAGCUGUCUCCUGGGGAGAUGUGAGGCUGAGCCAGUAUCUGUCUCUGUCAGGAAGAGGAGGCCUCAUAGGAGCCACGGCGCUGAAUGCCAGUCACAGCCAGACAGAGAGCAGGCAGAGCACUCCAGUGUCUACUCCCAGCUCAGCAGACUCACAGCAGACAGAGAUACCGAGGGGGAGGGAAAGCGAGACGCGGUGACUUUUCCCUGGCGGUCUCACUUCUCCUUGCACUCCUUCUCACCAGGAUGUAACUCAAAGCUGUUUUGGGAAAGGGGUCACCAUAGCAACCCCAGGAGUUUCAUUGACUGCUGUUACCCUGACAACAGCUGUGGUAGCAGCCCGGCGAAAAAGAGAAAACUCCUCCACAGGGACAGGAAAUUCAUUCAUAGUAAGAGGAAGAGGCACUGCGAAGUGUGGGAGGAGAGGGGAAGGAAAACUGGAGGACACUCGGGUGGCGGCAGAGAUACCGAUACAGAGCAGUGGGAGUGGAUGAGAGGGAGCUGCCCCCGGGGCACCGAGGAGGGCAGAUCAAGGACUGGGUGGAGCUCGAGUAACAGAGCGGUGGAGUGGGAUCAAGUGGCGAGGUUUAGCCCAAGUCCCAGCAGCUGGGGCAGGAGGCGCAGACACCUCAGCACAGAAGACGUAGACUGGGACAGAUGCAGCGUGGACAGAUGGACGUGGGGCAGCAGCGACAGCUGGGAGGACAGGGGGACGCACCGGUCCACGUCGGGCUCCAGGACGGGCGCUGACAGCAGAGACAGCCCAGGCGCCAUGUGGAGAUGCGCCAGACGCUCGAGUUCAAGACACUUCUCGAGCCCCGAGUGGUGGACGAGCCGACAGACGUACAGCUGCCAGAGUGCGAUGAACAUGCAGGGCAGCAGGAGUCCGAGAUCCUGCAGCCCCUGCAGCAGCACCAGCAUGUCCGAGCUGAGCUGGGAGUGGAGCCGGAGCAGCACCUGCUCAGGAGUCACGUCCUCCAGGGCUGCCGAGGCCCCUCAGGAGGCCAAAAAGCACAGCAGCCCCACGUCCACCUCAUCUGGCCUUUCCUCCAGCCCCUGCUCUCGUUCCUCUCCCUACACAUCCACUUUUGUUCCCACAGUUCCAAGCCUCAGCGUGGACCAUCGUGGUCCUUCGCUGUUAAAGGAGCCCUCCUCUGGCCCCGUCACCACCAGCAGCUCAGGCACAGCUCUUCCAGAACUUAAGACUGUCCCUCAGAAACCGGCUCGGACGCUGCUUCUCCCUCUCAUAGGAAAACUACCCGCGAUCCAGAGAAAGGCUCGGAGUAAAAAAGGGCUGCUGGAAAAGAGUCAGGAGAAGGAGAGAGAGGACGAAGAGGAAGCGAAGGAGUCGAACCCGAGCAGGACGCCAAAUCCCUGUCCGCCGCAGAUUUGGACUGACGACAAGCGGACAGGUGCAGAGACGGCUCCACCGAUCAGCUUUACCGCUGAGGAGAUGGACAAAUACCGUCUCCUGCAAGAGCAAGCCAGAGAGCACAUGCAGAAAGUCCUGGAAAACACACACGAAAGCGCAGAUACACACACACGCACAGACUACACACACAAAGCACAGGCAGAAAGUUGUGGGAUUUCAGAGGAACAGUACACACCUGCACCUUUGCACAACCCUCCAACCCAGUUAAUUCACACCGACACGAUGCAAAGACAGCACAGCCUGCAGGUCCAGCUCCCACACGUGGCCCAGCAGGAGAGCUUCACUCAGCCCAUAGCUCUGGGCGUCCCCAGCCUCACCCCUCUCCCGCCGUCUCCCACUCUCUCCAACCUCCAUCAUAUCAUUUUACAGCACACAGCCCUCCCCUCCUCCUCGGCUCCCAGCUCCCCCUCCACGCCUGCCAUCCACCCGCACCCGGCUCAGAUUCCUCACCCGCCGCCCCCUCGCCACCCUUCCUUCCCUCAUCAUCUUCACCUCUCCCCCUUCUCCAUCUCCUCCCUGUUUCCCUCCAUCCUCCUCUCCCACCACCCCAUCCCUCUCCUCCCCCAGUCCCACUCUUUCCACGCCGGCCCACUCGCUCCGCUCUCCCCGGUGGCCCUGCAACCCCUGAACCCGCAGCCCUUCAUGGACAGAUCGUGGCCGGUGAAGUUUCAGCAGAAGGCGUUAUGA